CCAGCGCAGCAGUGGGGUCAAUUAUCGUGUCGCGUGAGGUGGGAUGAAUAUAAAACAGUUCGUCUGCGAUCACGUCUCGAGCAGUAUUAAAAUAGUCUUCCAGCAGUAAAACGAAAAGUAAGGGUGCAUUAGCAACAGGUUUAGGGCCAUCGAACACUAACUCAACAUCAUGCUGAAGGUACAAACAGUGCGAGGCCCGGUGGAUCCGGCGCAGCUGGGGUACACCCUAACGCAUGAGCAUUUUUCGCUCAACUUCGAUAAGAUGUACUCGGCCCCACCAGAUGCGGUGGAGGAGUACGUCAGCAAGCGAAUUACGCUGGAGAAUGUCGGCUACGUGAAGCAGUACCCGUACGGUAGCCGGUACAACAUAAACUUUGAAGAUUUCGAUACGCAUCAGGCGGUGGCGAAAGAUGUGACCGCGUACAAAAAGUUUGGUGGUGGUGCAAUCGUUGAGAAUACGUCGCACGGGCUUGGGCGCAAUCUGAAGCUGAUGCACCAAGUAUCGACCGAAGCGAAUGUGCACGUGAUCGCCGGCACGGGUCAUUACAUUCACGCGAUGCAGGACGAAGCAACGCACGGUAUGAGCGUGGAGCAGAUGACGGACCUGUACACGAAGGAGCUUCUGUUUGGGGUCGAAGUGUCCGGGCUGGACGAACCGGUAAAGUGUGGCUUCAUCGGUGAGGUUGGUAGCGGUUGGCCGAUUACCCAUUUCGAGCGCAACGCGAUACAAGCAACGGCGGAAGUGCAGACCGCUAUUGGGUGUGGUGUUUCGUUCCACCCGGGACGGGAACGGGACGCACCGUACGAGAUUGUGCGUCUCUAUCUGGAAGCGGGUGGCAACGCGUCCAAGUGCGUUAUGUCGCACCUGGAUAGGACGUUGUUUGAGGAUGAAGAUUUGCUGGAGUUUGCCAAGCUGGGCACGUACCUGCAGUUCGAUCUGUUCGGUACGGAGUGUUCGUACUAUCAGUUGAAUCCGGAAUCGUACAUGCAGUCGGAUGAGCAGCGCAUCCAGAAAAUUGUGCGUCUAAUCCGCGAGGGAUAUACGGAGCGUAUUCUGAUGGCACACGACAUUCACACCAAACAUCGGCUGACCUCAUUCGGUGGACAUGGCUACAGUCACAUCCUGAACAAUGUACUGAUGAGGUUCUCGCUGCGAGGCAUCGACAUUAAGGCGGUCGACACGAUGACCAUCAGCAAUCCGGCACGCUGGCUAGAGAUGAAGGUUUAAGUGCGUAGUACCAGAAAACGUAGUUAAGCUCUGUCGGUGUGUAAGGGAAAUAUUAUUAGUAGCCUAUUUUGCAAUACGCUGCAGAAACAAUCAGGGAUUGCGUCCAGGAGUCCCGAA